ACAUUUUUAGGGUUAGGUUCUUUCAAAAAAAACACAGGAACAGAUAAGAAACCCACUUAAAAGAGAGAAAUAAUGGCUGAAGGUGGAAAGAAAGAGGUCGAGAAGCUAAAAGAUCAAGAGGAUUAUCACGAUGGUUUCCCUGUGUUCAAUGUUCCACAAUGUACAUGCGGAGUACAAGCAAGGGUCAUGGUUGCUUGGACUGAGAAAAAUCCAGAAAGACGUUUCUUUCGAUGUUCAAAACCUAUGGGUAGCCAGUGCACAUUUUUUAAAUGGUAUGAUGAGGAAUAUGCUCCUCACCUUAAGUAUAUGUUAUAUAACAUGAAAAAAAAGAUUGACAUGUUGCAGAAGGAAGGGGAAAAGCUGAGAGGAGAUUUGUUCUAUUUGAAAUAUCUGAGUGACCAUUCAAGUGUACUUGAUGCCAUUGCAAUGGAGAAUGAGCUCAAAAAAUACACUAGAAGUGGAGCUGAAAGAGUUCAAGGGGAAGCUUCAGAAAGUGCCUGAUAUUGAGAACAAUAGAGUCGGGGCUCAUGAAACACAUUUUGAACAAUGUAGUGAUUAUAUGUCCCCUAUAAUUUUGAUUGUACGUUAGUUGGUAUUGUAAUAGCUCUUUUGUUGUAAUAUUAACCCAAACUAGAUCUAAUUGAAGUACUAAUAUUAAUAUUAAGUGUCUUUAUUA